AAAGCAACUAGAAACUUAAGACUUAAAAACGAAUUAAUUCAGGAAACAAAUAUUUUAUUUCAAUACACGCUUUAUCGUAAUAUAAAAAUGCUCGUCUUCAACGUUUGCCUAAUUCUCGGUCCGUGCUAAGAUCUUACAUCGACUUCAAGUCUUCUUUUUCUUCCUCUGAAUCUUCUGAAGCUCUAAUCUUCUUUAAGCCAUGGCUAAUCGCUAUGAUCCGAAUCCUUUCGCUGAGGAAGAAGAAGUCAAUCCCUUCGCUAACCCAGGGAGUAUCCCACCGGCAUCGAACUCAAGACUCUCGCCUUUGCCUCCAGAGCCUGUUGGUUUCGGUUAUGGUCGGACCGUAGACAUUCCUCUUGACAAUGACAGAUCCGCUACACAGAAUUUGAAGAAGAAAGAAAAAGAACUUCAAGCCAAAGAAGCUGAGCUUAAACGACGAGAGCAGGACGUCAAAAGGAGAGAAGAUGCUGCUGCACGAGCUGGAGUUAAUAUUGAAGUUAAAAACUGGCCGCCUUUCUUCCCACUUAUCCACCAUGACAUUGCCAACGAGAUCCCAGUUCAUCUCCAAAGGCUACAGUAUGUUACCUUUGCUACUUAUUUGGGAUUGGUUCUUUGUCUGUUCUGGAACAUUAUUGCCGUUACUACAGCUUGGAUCAAAGGAGAAGGAGUGACGAUAUGGCUUCUUGCCGUUAUUUACUUCAUAGCCGGUGUCCCAGGAGGCUAUGUGUUAUGGUAUCGUCCCCUCUACCGUGCCUUCAGAACUGAUAGUGCUUUGAGCUUUGGAUGGUUUUUCCUGUUCUAUAUGCUUCACAUUCUUUUCACUGUCUUUGCUGCGGUUGCUCCACCUGUUGUCUUCAAAGGAAAAUCUCUUGCUGGUAUCUUACCUGCAAUAGAUGUCAUAAGUGGUAACACAUUGGUUGGGAUAUUCUACUUCAUUGGUUUUGGGUUUUUCUGCCUUGAAUCAGUGGUCAGCAUCUGGGUUAUUCAGCAAGUGUAUAUGUACUUCCGAGGCAGCGGGAAACAAGAUGAGCUGAGACGAGAAGCGGCCAGAGGAGCCCUGAGAGCUGCCGUGUGAGAGAGCUUACUGUAACACUUGGUUUGUAUGUAAGUUUCACUGUUUCUUUCGUUUUUAGAUUCUGUCUUCACGUCUCUCUGCUUUGUAAGCAAAAAAAAAAAUGAUUUGAUUUUUCUUGAUACCUUUAUGUAAUGUAAAUUUGUUUGUUCAAAAGUUUAGAGUUCAGAUUCAUAACAUUUUUUG